AUGUUGUUUCCCGUAAGUAUCGAUGAUAUAACCUUCCUAACACCUAUCAAUGCUUACAGCGAGCAAUCACUGCAAUCAAACGGAGUAGAUGCAGUUUUGAUAUUUAUUGUUAUUUUAACCAGCAGCGAAGCUAUCUAUGUCUCAAGAGAAACAUAUCUAGCCAAGCCCAGCUCCUUUCUAACGGUACCAGGAUGGCAUGCAAAUGAAAUCGCUAAAAUACAGAACAUGACCAUGUGCCGAGACAUCGUAAACAGUGUGGCGUUCGGUUCGGGCCGGGGCAUCCUGACAGCUAAUCGUCAUAGCAGGGACGGGACGAGGGUUGCUCGCGCAUUGACCAACCAAGAGGAGUAUGGGACGUUACUCAACGGAGCGGGACCGCUGAAGGCAUGUCAUCGCAUGGCUAUUCCAGAAGCCUUUCACCAUGUCGCAGUCAGCACUGCUGUAGAUUGCUUCCAUACCUGCUCUAGCAACAACACCGAGAACCGUAGCGAGUGGGCCCCAGAUGGGCCAGUCAGAAAGGUCGAACUUGAGAGUACCCAGAUCGCAAGGAGACUGAACGGAGUGAACAGGCAGCAGCACGGGGUAGGAAAAAGCACAUACAUGUCGGUGAUCAAUGGCAAUGAACUUCCUGAGAUUUUGUGUAGAGCACACUCCUUGUUCUUGGACGCAAAGCCGAGGACGAUGCUUGUGAUCGAUAUGGCCAGUACGAGGAUGAACAAGAUGCGCUUGACUGCACUUCGUAUCGGCGUGAUCAUACUCGCUGGAGGUGGUGUGGGAUUGGUUUUUGGUGACAGCUCUUAG